AUGAAGUUCGCUAAACAGCUGGAGACACACAGUGUCCCAGAAUGGAGAAAGGCCUAUAUAAAUUAUAAAGGAUUAAAAAAAAAGCUCAAAGCAGUAGAAAAGUUUCGCAAAACGCAUGAAGACACCGCCGCCAUCAAACUCGAUCAAGCCAUUCUUCAACAACUCGACACCGACAGUGAAGCCGAAAAUAGUGCAGAUUACUAUGAUCGCGAACCGUGGCCAGGUGUGAUGCGCCAAAAUACAUCGCCGGCCAUUCUAAGCUCGGACCCCAUACGUAAACGACCUUCCAACUUGGCUAAAGACGUCAUUCGAAAAGCAUCAUUGCUGGAUCAGGUGCUGCUUCAUGCAAGUGAGCCCGAACGCAUGUUUUUUACUGCUCUGGAUGACGACCUGGGAAAGAUUUCUCGCUUUUACAAUGGUAAUCAAAAAAGAAAAAGUUCUUUCCCCUUUCAGCUAUCGGAUAUGGGAGUCGCUCGAAGCCGAUUAAAAAAAGCAAUUACUGAAUAUUAUCGCAGCUUGGAGCUCCUCAAGUCUUACAAGGAACUUAAUUUUACGGGUUUCCAGAAAAUCCUUAAAAAGUUUGACAAGACGGCGGGAUGGAAAGCAAGCACGCUUUACAUGCAAAAACUGAAAAAGUUUCAUUGGGUGAACACGGAAGACUUGGAAGACGUUAUUGAAAAAACCGAGACCUUAUUUAUCAAUGAAUUUGCGGAUGGUCGACCCUCCGAUCAAGGCACGCCAGAAAAAUUACCCUACAUGUAUUAUAACCUUCAAAUCUAUGCCUGCAUUGCUCUGCCCAUCUUGUUCGCCCUUGGAUUUUCCGUCAACCUACUUGUCUGGACGAAAUCUCGAAUCAACUACAAGUUUAUUUUUGAAUUAAAUCCAAGAGACAACUUGGAUUACCACGAAUUUGCAGAGUUACCCGCCCUCAUGUUAUUGAUCGUCUCCUUUAUUGUGUACCUGGAUUUUUCACAAACCUUGGCUCCAGCCGUUCCCUCGGAGCUGUGUCCACUUUUCCUUGUCAUUCUACUCCUUGCCAUUAUGCUUUGUCCAUUCUCUAUUCUAUACUAUUCUUCCAGAAAAUGGCUAGGUGUUGCUUUGGUAACUGCUUAAUGGUGGAUACAGGAAAUGGAGGAUUCGUACUCAUCAAUUCCUUGUAGGGCCGCAUUGUUCUCAGCUACUGUUACCCUGUAGAGUUUCGUGAUUUUUUUAUCGCUGAUGAACUGAAUAGUUUGUCGUACUCUUUCUGGACAUUGGGUUACUUUUUCUGUGCUUACUGGCGGCAUUGGACCGAUUUAGGUAUGUCUCUGGACGGCACAGGAUGCAUUUUUUUUAACUGAUGCACUUUAAUUCGC